UUAUGGUGCUGUCCCUGGAUACCAGAAUGUGGAAAUCUUACGAAUGAGGAACGGGAGCGUUAUUGCGGUGCAUAAAGUCAUCUCCCAAGUCCUAAUGCCAAACACUUUGGUAAUGAUCCCGAAGCAGGCAGAGCAUAUUACAGUGGCAGUGAAUCAGUCUUUGAAAGACAUCGAUACCUAUGGGGACUGUCCCAAGUUUUCAGAUCCAGAACUGUGCUUUACUCCUUUACCUAAUUCAAUUAUUAACACAACUACACUUUUUUCACCAGAAGAAAAUUGCAGAAAUAUUAGUGAUCCAAGUUAUGCAGACUACUAUUAUCCCCAGAUAACAGGAGGUACUCUGCGCUGUAUCUCGAGAUGUGUCAAGGGCACUCAAGGUUCCAUGAACUGCUUCAGUGGAGUUUGUCAUGUCUCUGAAAUUGGCCCUCAGUGCAAUUGCAAUAAUUUGGACAUGUUCUGGUACCUGGAUAGCUACUGCCAGUUAAGGAUCCAGAAGAGUGCUCUGGGCCUUGGUCUUGCACUGACUGUGCUCCUUGUGAUCAGUAUCAUCCUGAUUGUGUUUCUUAUCAGAGCCAAGCAGAAGAAGUCUUGGAACAGCUGGUCUGUUGAUGCUGACAUCUGGUAUGGACAGGAUACAGAUGAAGAGUGGAUACCUUCAGGGGGUCUGAACAUUAUGAAUAAAGCAUCAGUCUCCUCCUGGGAUAAACAUCAAGACAGAAAUAAAAUGUUAAACCUAUCACUUGACUCAGUAGAUACUUCAGUGCAGUUGCAUUUCCAGAAGCCAGUAGUAACAACUGACUGUUGAUCUCACCCUGGGACAUAUCCUGGAUCUUCCUCUUGAGUAGCUGAGAUGAAUGGCUAAACUGACAUCCUGACAAUUGAACCAAAUAUCCACCUAUGGUCUGGACAGUCUGAUGAGUGGCAGUGAUAAAGUUUACCUUCCCAGUUGUCUUAGGUCUUAAAUUGUCAAUUUGUUAAUGAACCAAAGAAACAAUUGAAAAAGAUAUUGAGUACAGCAAUCAAUUAAGAACAUUAAAAUUGCUUCUAUAAACAA